AAGUAGUUGGAACGGAAUCAAUAUCAGAAGAGUGGCCGCUUCUUUUUAACCAUUUCGUUCUUUUGGCUGUAUCAUAUUCGUGAAACUACACAGUAGUAGCCAUGGCACGUCUUCCUUAUCCCGAUAUCAAGGGGACUCCCCUCAACAUCUCAAAGCUUCUCGCCCAUAGCCCCGCUACGGUCAACCACUGGUCGAAAAUCGCAGGCGCUCACUUCAAAGAUCUUGAGCUUUCCUCCAAAAACCGAGAGUUGGUGAUUCUUCUGAGCACAGCAAAGUUCCGGUCCACGUACGAGUGGACGCACCACAGCGCGGUCUCGGCUAAAGAGGGUGUCACUGACGCCCAGCGCGAGGUGAUUGCCCAAGCUGCAAGGCAGAAGGGAUACUUCUCUGGUCAGGGGAAGCUGGACUCCUUGGCAGAACUAUUCACCCCGAAAGAGAAAGUCCUUCUGCAUUUCAUUGAGGCUGUCAUCGACGGACCUGAGGUUGCGGACGAGUUGUGGGCGAAGGCCAAGACGGAGUUCUCUGAUCGGGAGGUUGUGGAGAUGAUGACUCUGCAGGGUUUCUACUACACUUUCUCACGCCUGACAACUGUCUUGAAUGUAGAACUGGAGCCUUUCGCCAAGCCAUCUAAGCUCUGAGGAAUGUCUCUGGGUUCCCCUUUUGGCCGUGAUGGUGGUUCGCCAACACCAGGGCUGCACAUCGGCAGGACAUGCAUCCGUGCAACAUCCGUCACAGAAUGCUGAUCACGGCUUGGCAGUUCUGGAAAUAUCUAGAAAUUACAUACAAUUGUCCUUCAGGGCGCAGUGACUGCCUGUAGGCCGUGGUCUGUAGCAAAAAAGCUGUGGAAAUUAGACAUUGAGAUGGAUUUUACAGCGAAAGGAACAUGUUUUUAAGUGUUUUAAUCUCUUUUACUUAUUAGAGCGUACUAAGUUGUACCGAUACAUCCCCAAUAAUUAAAAAUGGCCAGCACUUGAUCAGAUCAUCCGA